UUGUGAUGUUACACCAUAAAGAAGAAAUCGCUUUUGUGUUUGGACGAUAAAGAUUAAGAUUGCAACUCUGUGAUUAUGUCAAAAUACGACUGGGACAAAUACAAGUUUGAAUCAAACUUGGGCGAAGGUGCUUUUGGUGAAGUAUUUUUGGUAAACAGUUGUGAAGACGGCAAGAAUUAUGCUUUGAAAAAGUUAAAAUGCAGAACGAACGAUGAUCUUCAUAAUGUGAUGGAAGAAUUGAAAGCGAUGAGUCGACUGGAACAUCCAAACAUUGUGAAAAUAGUAGAGACAGUUUGUAAGCAGCAAGGCGAUUUCUUGGCAGAUAUCUACAUCAUUCUUCAGUACUGUCCUCGAGGAACUUUAACUCAAAGAUUGUCAAAACAGUACAAUGAAGCCAAACAACUUAAAUGGUUGAAACAACUGUCUGAAGCCGUUGCGUACAUUCAUGCUUUAAGUCUAGUGCAUCGUGAUUUGAAACCAGAUAAUAUUCUGUUCAACGCUAACGAUAAUGUUAAAGUGGGGGACUUUGGCCUUGCACGAGAUUUUGUUUCCGCAAAACGCGAAAAUGAAACAUGGUUGAAUUACUAUAUGAACAGUUUUUAUGGUACGAUAUUCUACAUGGCUCCAGAGGUAUUUGAUGGUCAUUACAACGAAAAGGCAGACGUAUUUGCUUUAGGUUUGCUAAUGUAUAUCAUAGUUGAAGCAAAGUACCUUAACAUCAAUGGAAAAUGUUGUUAUGGUUUGUUUAUCAGCCUUAAAGAUGGCACAUGGGCUCCUCUGGGUUUGCAAAUGUAUCAUGAUAAAAAAGGACUUCAAUUUACCUUUGAAAAAUGCUCUCGGCGUAUUGCUCAAAUAAUCGGGUCUGCUCUUAUCUAUAAUCAAAAUGACCGCAGUGAUGCAGCAUCUAUUCAUGGAAAGUUAAAGGAUAUUCAGCGGAUGUGAAAACAGCAAAUUAAUAUUUCGUAUUAUCUAUCAAGAAAAUAGAUUUGUGGCGAAAAGAAAAACAAUGAGAUUCAGUUGAAUCACUGUGCAAUAAUUGCGAGUAUAUUGACAAUGAUAAAAACAGACCUGUUUAAAACAAUAAAUGCAUGAUAUAGUUAGCUGAUUAUUGUAUUUAACCUGCACAAUAGUGAAUCUAAACAAUUAGAUCCUUAUGAUGUAAGGAUCUAGUUUAACGAGAAUAUAGCUAUACACUAUUUUUAUAUCUUUUUCUGAAAACCACAAAUGAAAGUAAAAGCACGAAACGUUUC